CGUCGUCGUCUCUCACAAAUUUCUUCAUUCGUUCUGUGGAAACGCAGAAAUGGAGACUCCAUAUCCGAAACUCACCGAUCCAUCCAAGACUCGAAUUGGAUGGAUCGGGAUUGGGAUAAUGGGAUCAGCCAUGGUCUCUCAUAUCCUUGCCGCAGGCUAUUCAGUCACCGUCUACGCUCGCGACCUCCGGAAAACAAAGGAUCUGCAAACCAAAGGAGCUCGCGUAGCCAAUAGCCCUAAAGAGUUAGCGGAGAUGAGCGACGUUGUGUUCACUAUUGUUGGAAACUCUAACGAUGUUGGAUCGUUGCUUCUCGGUGACGAUGGUGUACUCGCUGGUCUUAAACCCGGUGGAGUAACCGUGGAUAUGACUAGUAGCAAGCCGGGAUUGGCGCGUGAGAUACACGCGGAGGCGAGGAGGAGAAAUUGCUGGGCGGUGGAUGCGCCUGUAUCGGGUGGAGAUGCCGGAGCACGUGAGGGGAAGCUAACGAUUUUCGCUGGCGGAGAGUUGGAGAUUGUGGAGUGGUUAUCUCCGGUGAUGAAGAAUAUGGGAAUUGUGAGGUAUAUGGGAGAAGCAGGGAGUGGACAGAGUUGUAAGAUUGGGAAUCAGAUUUGUGUUGGAAGCAACAUGGUGGGACUAGCUGAAGGGAUUGUGUUUGCUGAGAAGGCGGGUUUAGAUCCGGUGAAAUGGCUUGAUGCGGUCAAAGACGGUGCUGCUGGAUCCGCGGUUAUGCGGCUUUUCGGGGGGAUGAUGACGGAGAGGGAUUAUAAGGCGACGGGGUUUGCAGAGUACAUGGUGAAAGAUUUGGGAAUGGCGGCGGAAGCGGCAACGGCAAUGCCUGGAACUGCUUUGAACAAGCAGUUGUUCUCUGGAAUGGUGGCAAAUGGAGAUGGGAAGUUGGGAUUUCAAGGUGUCGUCUCUGUUAUUAGGAGACUUAACGGCAUAUCUUGAUAACACUAGUGUUAACUAUGCACACUUGUUUUCUAUUUGGUCAGUAGAUUUGGUUCUUGAACCAAAGUUGCUAAUAAGAACAUGGAGUCUCA